AUGUCAAUAUGUCAGCUUGAAGUCAUACUUGAGUUGACGCCAUCGAUAGAAGAGGAGGCGUGGGGUCCUGUGCGGGAUUUAGGCGUUCCGCACACCCCAGACGAGGAGAUGCCUGAUCCGAGAUUGGACCGAGAUUGGGAGGGCGGUCCAGCUGAUCGACGAUCACCUCCGUCGGGGCCAUCGCCGCCACCAUUUGCAUCAUCUCCGCCGAGAGUAUCGUCCCCGCCAUUGGCAUCACCUCCGUCGAGGGCAUCACCGCCGCUAGUGGCAUCACCUCCGCCGGGGUCAUCGCCGCCGCCAUUGGCAUCACCUCCAUCCAGACACCUCCCUCGUGUGUCUCCGGGGCACAGUGAUGAUUUGUAUGCCCGUUUGACUGGAUUUAUAGAGGAGGUCGACGCGCUACGACGAGAUUUGACGGAGAUGGUCGAUGAUCUGGGACGAGAGUUGACAGGGAGGGUCGACUAUCUGGCAGGGAAGGUUGACUAUAUGACAAGGAGGGUCGACGAUAUGGGACGAGAGUUGACAGGGAGGGUCGACGAUCUAUCCUAUGAUGUUGGAAUACUACAGUCUUCCGUUGUCGACCUUCAGGAUACAGUAGCGGCGCUUAGAGGAGAUUUAGCCGACAGACGAUGGGGGGACAGAGGGGAUGGCGGAAAUCAUGAUCGAGAGGGUGGCAAAGAUGGUGAUGGAGAGGGGGGUCACCCACAUUUUUGGCGUGAUGAGACAUUGGAGUCCUUGUGGUUGUCUAUGGAGGGGGUGGCCCCGAUGGGGAUGGGAGAGGGGACUACGGAGGGGGUGGCCUCGACGGGAGGGGCGGAGGAGGUGGCGACGAAGGGGGAGGCCCCGACGGGAGGGGCGGAGGUGGUGACGACGGAGGGAGAGGCCCCCAUGGAGGGGGCGGAGGAGGUGGCCCCGGAGGUCGAGAGGACGCCCGGCGUGAUUGAGGGUAAGAGACAUGCUGUUGACGAGACGAAGCAGGUGGUCGGCAAGAGAUUGAGAGUGCAGUCACAGUAUGUUAGUUAG